AUGUUUAUUCAAAUUCAUUACGGUGAAAAAAAAACACUUAUUGUUAAUUAUAAUUCAAAGUUGAAACAUAUAUUCGAUUAUAUCCGUGAAAAAUGUGACCUAGUAGACAUUGUUAGAUUUGAUUUAUGUAAUUUUAUCACAAGUGAACCAAAACGUUUAAUGGAACAGCCAAGUUUGAAUUUAAAUGCACAAACAUUAUUUACACAACGAGAACAAUUGAUACUCAUGAAAAUUGAUGAGUGUGACCAAUAUAUUCCAUUGUUAAACGAUCCCGAUUAUAUAACUCCUGAUUAUUUGAAUAAAUUACGGAAAGCUACAAAAAUGAUCUCUUUUACCGGUUCAACUUUGAAAACUAGAAAACUAAUGAGAAAAGUGUUAACUCCAACACCCGUACCAACACCCAUACCAACGACAGAUCAACAAGAUGUUAAGCCACGUCGACGGAGUUUGAAAGCAGUAGCAAUAGUCGCUCGAUUUCACAAUUAUAAUAAUAAUAGUUCAAUAGCGGCAAAACAACAAAGAAAAACAUGA